AACACGACGUAGCAACGCACAGCACAGUGUAAACAAACAGCUAGUGUGUUCCAAUGUAUGUGUGUAGUGGAGGUAGACCAAUAAUGAAAGUGAUAAAAAAGUGAAUUCACUAUGGCGUUUGUGAAGAGUUUUAAAGAUUCCUCACUUCUAUUGAAGGUGACGGCAUGUAUCCUGAUCAUCAACAUGGCCUUGGCCUGGGUGUCCUUUGUGACGGCCUCCUGGGGGGACGGGUACGGGGAUGACGCGACUAAGACUAAGAAAAUUAAAAAAGGUUACGGGCUGUGGAAGGAAUGCAGUGAUGAUGAAAUUGAAUCUGGUUGUGUUAACUUGACCGGCUGGAAUCUACAAUGGUACCGGGCAGUGCAAGCGUUUUCCAUCUUUGGCUUCAUGAGCGUCAACUUCUGUUUCCUGUCUGUCCUCUUGUUGAUGUUCAACCCCAGCUGUCACAAGCGGAAGUCACUCCAUCUGUGGGUGGCGGUUAUCGGACUUUGGUCAGCCAUCAGCUACACAGUAUCCAUCAUCGUGUUUGGGGUGGGGUUCGACUCGUCCUUCACCGACAGCUCACUGCCCAAUCAGUACCUGGAGUACGGGUGGGCGUUGGCCAUAGUAGUGGCCGUGUUCCAAGUCUUCGUCGGCCUCAUCAUGAUAAUCGAGUCCAGGAGUAUCGAUGCCAAGUUCAUGGACUUGUAGGGAGUAUCGAUGCCAAGUUCAUGGACUUGUAGGGAGUAUCGAUGCCAAGUUCAUGGACUUGUAGGGAGCAUCGAUGCCAAGUUCAUGGACUUGUAGGGAGUAUCGAUGCCAAGUUCAUGGACUUGUAGGGAGUAUCGAUGCCAAGUUCAUGGACUUAUAGGGAGUAUCGAUGCCAAGUUCAUGGACUUGUAGGGAGUAUCAAUGCCAAGGUCAUGGACUUGUAGGGAGUACCGAUGCCAAGUUCAUGGAUUUAUAAGGAGUAUCGAUGCCAAGUUCAUGGACUUAUAGAAGGUUAUUUCUGCCAAGUUCAUGAAAUUAUUAAUCGUUCUUUCUAUUUGUGUAUGGGUUCUUCUCCUUUAUGUCAAGUUCAAGGAUUUAUAAAUAAUUGUUUAUGCCAAGUAAAUGGAUUUAUAAACAGUUCUCCAUGUAUGUGUAUGUGUUCCUUGUUUUAACGUCGUUCUUUCUCUCCAUGUAUAUGGAUUCAUCAUCCCUUAUGUCUCGCUUGAAUUACAAGUUUAUGUAUUUAUAGCUAGGUCUUUCUGUCGAUGUGCAUAUGGGUUCGUCGUUUAAAUGCCACAUUCAUAGAUUUAUAAAUUAUUUUAAAAAAGCUCUGCGUUGUUCUGUGUGUAUGGGUUUCUACCGUUAUUUCAUGUUUACUUUAAAUUUUACUGUAACAAUAUUUCAGAGUUCCCAUGCCGUAUUUCGACAGGUUCGUAUGAAUAAAACAUCCG